AUGUUGGCUGUUGACUGCCAGUACAGGAGGUUUGUCCUCACCAAGCUUCGAGUCAUCCCUAAAGGAGCAUUUUCUGGAUUUGGGGACCUGGAGAAAAUAGAGAUCUCACAGAAUGAAGUCUUGGAAGUGAUAGAGGCAAAUGUGUUCUCCAACCUGUCCAAAUUACAUGAAAUUAGAAUUGAAAAGGCCAACAACCUGCUAUAUAUCGACCCUGAUGCCUUCCAGAGCCUUCCCAACCUCCGAUAUUUGUUAAUAUCCAACACAGGUAUUAAGCACUUACCAGCUGUUCACAAGGUUCAGUCUCUCCAAAAGGUUCUACUAGACAUUCAAGAUAAUAUCAACAUCCACACAGUUGAAAGAAAUUCUUUCAUGGGGCUGAGUUUUGAAAGUAUGAUUUUAUGGCUGAAUAAGAACGGCAUUCAAGAAAUACACAACUGCGCAUUCAAUGGAACCCAACUAGAUGAGCUGAAUCUAAGUGAUAACAAUAAUUUGGAAGAAUUGCCUAAUGAUGUUUUCCACGGAGCCUCUGGACCAGUCAUUCUGUAA